AUAUGUUUAAGUUCAAAUUUCCAAACCCAAGUUCAGUAGAAGAUGUAGCCAAGAGAGCUAUAGAAGCACUUAAGAAAGAGGAAGUCACUAUGCGUCCUGACAAUUAUGAGCUAUCUGGUUUUAAAUCUUCACUUUAUGGUGUACUCAGUGAAGGACUUGAUAAUUUUAACAAAGAGGAGGAUAAAUCGCUAGGGGAUCUCUCUAUCCUUAAUCAGAUAGAGAGUGUAUCCUGUUUAGAUCAAGAAAUUAAUGCUUCUGAGAAUAAUGAAAGCUCUCCAAAAACAGGUUCCGAAAAUAUUAAUGGGUUGAAUAAAAUCAUUCUCAGAAUGUUUAGAAGGUUCUACCAUAAACUCUUUGUGAAGGACAAUAAGAUACUAGCCAAGAAGAGGUUCAAGAAUUGUCACUCGGAUAAAAUUUUAGAAGCAUGUAGAGAACUACUCAGGAAACAUUUUGCUUCAGACCCAAGUGAGGACUUUGUGAGGUUCUUAUUUCGAAUUCUUAGAAUUAAGACUAACGAUACUCUUGAGUGAGUAAAUGAUCAUGAUAAGGAUGCUAUUGAUAUUAGCAUCAAUAUGAUUAGUUUCUCAAUCAAAUAGGUUUGACCGUAGCUUUAAAAACGAAUAUUUCCGGAACUUGUUUCUCUAUAUUAUAGAGGGAACUUUUCCAGAUACUCAAAAUCAAUGAAUAGACUUACUUUACAAGCAAGAGGAAAAAAUGUUUUCUAGGAAUCCUAUGUACCACAAAGCUCUGGGGGAGAUCGCCAAGAGGUGUAAAUUAGCUUCUUCAGGUGACUAAAUCUAUUCAAAAUUAUAAAACUUUUUGGUUCUACAACAGAUCAGAUAGAAUCGAUGCUCAGAUUCAGUCAUUCUGAUAUCGGGCGGAUACAUUCUGGUGUGGUAAUUCCCAACUCACUAAUUAUUUCUGAAUAUUAGCUGUUGAAAAAUGACUUUAAGGCCUCUAUUUC